CUAAAUUAUUAGGUUUAAUUUUAUUACGCAACAAGAAGUAAUUGAAAGGGAGCCAAUAUGAUAGCGUCCACUACGCAUUCGAACGAAUUGUUGCUAUCCAAGUAAACUCAAUCUUCUGUUAUCCACGCGUGGAGCCAAGUUAAAUCUAGCGGCUCAAAAUCACUCGAAGCCAGCCACGAGCCUGGCAUCUCCACCAUCCAAACAAACUCCCUCUUCUUAUUCACAUAAAAAAUCAAUCACAAACUUUUGUAGCAUCUGUUAUGAACACUAGUCAAACAAUUGGCUCUUAACCACCCAAAUGUCUCCAAAACUUUUCUUCACAAUGGAUUAAAUGUUAGCCACUGACGACUAUCCCACCCACCAAAUCCGGCAGCCGGAUACCGAGACGACAACGCCAAGAGUCCUGACCAUAAUUUCUACAGUGCUAGAAAAGCUAGUAGCCCGAAACGACAGGCUUGUUGAGGUCCUGAGGGAGCAGCUAGAUGGGUUGAACUUCAAUGGUAGCUCUGCCUGGCUAGGGAAAAGUUUGCAUGCCUUUGAUGGCGUUAGGGCUCCAAAUAUAAGCAUAACAAAGUACUUGGAGAGGAUAUAUAAGUACACAAAUUGUAGCCCUUCCUGCUUUGUGGUAGGAUAUGUUUUUAUAGACAGGCUUGCGCAUAAACAUCCUGACUCGCUCGUCAUAUCCUUGAAUGUGCAUAGAUUGCUGGUUGCCAGUGUCAUGGUUGCUUCUAAGAUUCUUGAUGAUGCGCAUUAUAACAAUGCCUUCUUUGCUCGGGUCGGAGGAGUGAGCAAUGCUGAACUGAACAGGCUAGAACUAGAACUACUUUUCCUAUUGGAUUUUGGAGUCACAGUUAGCUCCCGAGUCUUCGAGAGCUAUUGCUUCCACUUGGAAAGAGAGAUGUUAAAAAAUGGUGGCGGACAGAAAGUUGAAAGGGGAAUAAGUCCUGUUGCCAUCGAUGAUGCGACUGAAAUAUCAGUUGAAGAUACACAAUGCUGUUCAUCACCUCAAGCGGUGGACUGACCCCAAAUUCCUCUCUUCAUGUCUUAGGCCUUACAGUAACUGAAUCCAAUCUCUUGUUCACUCAUAAAAAUGCAACAAAUGGGUUCCAUUAACAAAUUUGAAGAAGAAAAGAAAGGAAUGUAGUGCCUGAGUUAACAGAAUUGAAAGCUACUAUUGAACUUGUUAUAUCUGAAUGGGAUUUAUUGACUA